GAAGGCGAUCGAUGGGAACCUCACCGGGGAAAAGUAAAGCGGCGACGGCGCGGCAAAACGGCAUCGCCACCUCCCCGUCGGGGAAUCGAACCCCGGUCUCCCGCGUGACAGGCGGGGAUACUCACCACUAUACUAACGAGGAGCGCGCUGCGAGCCUCUCGCCCGGUGGCGGCCCCGAAGGCGGGAACCGCCUGAGGGAAAUGGCGGCGGCCCGAACGCCCUCAGGGAGCCGCCCGUGCUGCCGUGCCCGAGCCGGCACGAAGGGAGACCCCACCGAGGUUUCAUGGCUACCUGCGGCCCGCGACCCCUGCGUUUGCAUUCCGCUGAGCUCGAAGACGAGGUUUGCGGGGCGGAGUGGUAACACGGAAAGGAACGCGGUACCUCGCAGCAGGAAGCUUGACGGAGGCCGUCAUGGGCGGACAGCGAGAGCGAGCUGGGCCGGCGCGUCUCCUCGCCCUGCCCGGGCACAGGGCCAGGCCAGCCGCCACCUGCACGCCGAGAACCCGCGGCAGGUGAGGUGCUACCACGUGGCGGCGGCGAGACACGAGUCGCUCAUCCCACUCCUCGUUAGUAUAGUGGUUAGUAUCCCCGCCUGUCACGCGGGAGACCGGGGUUCGAUUCCCCGACGGGGAGGCGGAGUUGGUGCUUUUUUUUCUCUCGAGACGGGGAGAUGGAACCCGCCGCCCACUUGUUUUUCCCUAUCGGGUCCUCAUCCUCAGCGAAGUUCGUGCUGGGAGACACGACAAUCAGUCCAAAGCUGGGAGCAGCGUGAAGGGAUAGGUGGAUGCCUUAGGUCAGGACGCCCAGCAGCGUCCUGAUCCACCACUGACCUCUCUGGCAAUGGAGCUGGCUGGAGCAGCUCUGUUCUGCUGUCACGAUUGCAGCACAGAUGCUCAAUGCUGAUUUUCUCCUCAAACAGACAGCCACCUUUCUGUUCUCAUGCGGUAAGAGUGGGACCUCAACCCACAUUCUCCCAGAUACUGAUCAGCCAAGUCAUGCUCCACAUCUUAAACGAUUUCCUCCCUCUACAAUUAAUAGGACAACACCAAAAUACAUGUGAUUAAGUACCACCUUUUCCACAGCUUCCCAAAAGGACAGAUUAGGGUUUAAAUCCUAUCAAAUAUUCCCUUUAUUCUUUUAAAAAACAUUUUUAAGCAUCCCAACGUUUUAUAAGGGUAAGCAGUGCUAUUUAGGCACAGAUAAUGGUUUCAUUUCCCUGAACACAUCACAGUAGUUUGCAAUUUUGCAGUCAACCAAUCAGCUGAAGAAGUUCUAAAGCAUGCAGAGUAGUAGCCCUGUGAGGCCUUCACCAGUCCUUCACAAGGCAGCAGCAACAGGGGGUGACAACAUUAGCCCAUCAAUCUAAAAGAAUGAGUUCACACAUUUGCAAGUUCUAACAAGUCUACCACAUAAUUAAGGCACGAGGUAAGAGUAUAAAUAGACGCACUGAAACACCACAGAACAGCAGUUUGAAUGGGCUGGUUUGCAGGCAUUCCUGUACUCUCAGAAUGGCUUAGUGCAAGCAAUCCAUCUUCUUCAUGAUCCGUGUCAGUGCACCCAGUCUUUGGGAUUUCGCAGAACCUCCAGGAUUUCUGCUUCUUUGGAGCUCUCCGGUGGGGUGUGCAUGUACUCCCACCUGCAAGGAGAGGGGAAACUCACUCAGUCCAGCUGGCAGCCCCUUCUUCUGCACCAGGCUCUGUUUGGACUGGAGUUGCCUUUUCUAAGGAUGCUAAACUACGUACACAAGUUGAUAUCUUGGCUCAGAUAACAGAUAUGGUUACAAAUCACAAGUUCAUUUGUUCAGUAAACACAAAUAACAGCGCCACCGGAGGAGAGGGGAGCAACGUUAGCUUCAUCUUUUACCAACUUCUGAAAAGGCUGGAAGGACAAGGAAAAAGGAAAGAGCAGUGCCCUGUUCCCCACAAAGAAUGCAGGUUUAUUUGCAAAAUCUUUUAGCAGUCUCUUGUGACACAGUAGUAUCACAAGGAAGAUGAAUAAGAAAAGGAACCCACAGAAUUCUGACAGUGAGGACACAAGACCUUUUCCCAGAAUCUGAACUAGAAGCUCUACAAGUCUUUGUUGAAUCUUGGUUUUAAAGGUGAUGAAAGAUCCCUUUUUUUCAUUGAAAAGGCAAUUGAAAGAGGCACAACAGAGAAAGGAAAGUGUCAGCAGUCACUGAGAGAUGGGUACAUUCUUUUUCCAUUUUUCCCCUAGGAAUGACCCAUAUGCUGUGAAGUGAGCUAGUUACAUUGAUGAAAAAGAGCAAACCCAGACAAGCCCAGAAAUGAAAUCAAAACACAGGAGCAUGCUACACCACCACGUCAGGGACACAUCUGGUGUUGUCAGUGGGAUGAACGUAUAUGGUGAGAACAGCACUGCCUUCAUGGUUACGGGGUAGCAGACAGUUUUCCUAGCAGAGGGAGGUCACUAGUGAACUUUAUGGAAUUCAUGAUAGGGUCUGUACUACUCAGCAUACCCAAAAGCAACCUGAAAGUGGGAAUAAACAAUAAAUGACAGAGUUUGCUGGUGUUGCAAGAGUAAGCAAGAUGGGUUAAAACCUAAAAGGGCAGUUAAAAACAGUAUUGAGCCAAGCAACUGAGCAGUAAAAUGGCAGGUGAAAUUCACUGUUGAUUGAUGGGAAGUGAUGGACACAGAAAAAAUGUGCACACAGAUUGAGUUAGAUUUUAUUGCCCAGGAAAGACCUUGGCAUUGUAACAGUUGUAUGAAAAAGCCAGCUCAAUGCUGAACAGCAGUCAAAACCAGCAAACAGAGUAUUAGGAUUAUGAAAGAAAAAUGAAUUAAAUCAUUAUGCCACUGUGUAAGUCAGUGGCACAUCUGCAUCUUGGAUACAAAUAUGCAGCUUACGUUGUCUAUUCCUUAUCCCCAGUUCAGAAAGGGCACAGAAAACUUAAGCCUAGAGAAAGUGGCCCAAGUAUGAAACAACAACUGCACAAAAAAAAAAAAAACAGAGCAGGACUUGUCAGCCUGGAAAA